GAUCAGUUUCGAACGUCAAGUUCAUGGGAACGGAUGCCCAACAAUGUUCGUCGUGUGGUUAAUUGUGGCCGUAAGUCUAUUGGCGCACUGGCUUUAUAGGGUUAAUAAAGACUACUAUAUACUGGCCUUUUUCGCAAAAAGAAUUCGCACCAAAGAUGGUACACCUGUGGAAAAUAUAGUGGCAAUAGCCAAGGGUAAUACCAUUUUUGCCAACAGCUUUGAUUUGUAUGGCCAAGAUCACGCUGGUGUUUUUACACACACCCGUGAGGGUGCUAAACUUGGAAGAAAUUACUUGGAAUACGUAAUGGGUACACCAAUCUACAACGUCAUCGACGCCGAAGGAUCUGAUGCGAUUCUAAAUAAUCCGAAUCUAAUAACCAAAUCCGUUGUCUACAAUUUCUUACACCCAUUUUUGAGGACUGGUCUGCUGACUUCAACAAGCAAGAAAUGGCACGCUAGGCGCAAGAUGCUGACACCUACCUUCCAUUUUAACAUUUUGGGACAAUUUCAAGAGAUUUUCAAAACUGAGAGCCAGAAAUUUUUGCUGCAGUUCAAAGGCCAAGACGACAUCACCAUAUCGCUGAAUGAAGUUAUUCCCCGGUUCACCCUCAACAGCAUUUGUGAGACGGCCAUGGGCGUUAAAUUGGACGAAAUGGCUGAGAAAGGCGAUCGCUAUCGGGAGAAUUUCACCAGUAUCGAGGAAUGUUUUAUCAGGCGAAUGAGCAAUCCGCUUUAUUGGGGCGACACCUUGUUCAACAUCUUUGCUGCCAAGGAUUACGCCUCGGCUCUGGAUGUGGUCCACAGUUUUUCCAGUGAAAUCAUAGCCAAGAGAAGGAUUUUGCUGGAAGACGAGCUCGAGAGCAGGAGGGAGACUCAGACGGCUGAUGAUGACUUAUAUGCCGGAAAGAAAAAGCGUUUUGCCAUGCUGGACACUCUGAUUUGUGCUGAGAAGGAUGGCCUAAUCGAUCACAUUGGAAUUUGUGAGGAGGUGGACACUCUGAUGUUUGAGGGCUAUGAUACCACCUCAAUUGGUCUGACCUUUGGUCUUUUGAAUAUGUCCUUGUAUGCCGACAAACAGGAACUAUGUUAUCAGGAGAUUCAAGAGCACAUCCAAGAUGAUUUGAGCAACUUAGACAUUAGCCAUUUGAAUAAACUUAAGUACCUGGAGUACUUUGUGAAGGAAACAAUGCGGCUAUAUCCCUCAGUGCCCGGAAUGGGUCGUGAAACUGUCGAAGAAACUGAGCUAGAAAAUGGUCUAAUCCUGCCGAAAGGAUCCCAGAUUGUCAUUCACAACUUUGAUGUCCACCGUAACCCCAAGUACUGGGACUCUCCCGAAGAGUUCCGACCGGAGCGGUUUACUCCUGAGAACUCCCAAAACCGUCACACCUACGCUUACAUUCCCUUCAGUGCCGGCCAGAGGAACUGCAUUGGUCAAAAAUAUGCCGUCCAGGAGAUGAAAACGUUGUUAGUAGUCCUGCUCAAGGAGUUCAAGGUCCUGCCAGUUACUGAUCCCAAGAGCAUCGUCUUCACCACGGGCAUUACCCUGCGUACCCAGAACAAAAUUCAAGUGAAACUUGUGAGGCGAAAGUGAUGUGUCUGAGAAACUUUGUUACCUAAAAAAAAAUGCAUUGCAAAAUAUACGGAUUCACUAAGGG